GAGCAAUUGGGCCUCAGGUUGCAAGCUUGUCUCCUCGGAUUUCCAUCAACUCGUCCAGCGAUGGUCUCGACACGUACAACGGGUCCCUUCCUCUCCUUCAUCCUUUCACUUGUUAUCUCAGUCUCGGCGCGUACUUUUAAUGCCCCGAAUGUCAUUCCUUCAAUAUGGAAACUUCUUCCGACUCCGCCUCUACCCAACACUCCACCGAAUGGAUUGCAAUCACGUAUGAGGGAUAUUGCUCUCGCUGCUCCUGGAUCUCCUGGGAGGCAGUGGUUGACUCAAGAGGAGGUCGCUGGUUAUGUUGGCGCGACGCCGCAGGUGAAGAGUCGUGUCGAAAGCGCUUUGGCGGGUAUUCCUGGUGCUACGUACGAGUUCAACUUGUACGGAGACCAGGUCACUGUUAAGACUGUUGUUGGGGAGGCCGCUGAGUUCCUCUCAGCAAAUUUCAAGGCGUACCAAUACAACAAUGGUCCAACUGUGAUUCGUGCUCUCUCCGUCACCAUUCCUCCUUCCAUCUCUGACGCAGUCAUUGGUAUUUUCCCUCUCCUCACAUUUGGCCAAGUUGUUCCAUUCGGCAGAGUCGAACCCCGUCAUGGGUAUAGACCUCUCCAUGCACACCGAAGUGCCACUAACAACUAUGGGGGCACCUCUAGUCUCAAGGCUCGUGCCCCUACAUGCGACAUGAACGGCGUAACGCUCCAGUGCAUCCGAGAGAUUUACAACCUCACCGAUUACACGCCCCGAACCCCUUCGGCUUCGGACCCUCCAUCCAUCGGGAUAAUGGCCUAUAUCAAUCAAAAUUAUGAUCCUCUGGAUUUGAAGACAUAUUUGACCAAGUAUAGACCUGAGGCUAAGGAUUAUUGUAUUGAUGUUGUUCAGUGGGAUGACGCAGUGAAUGUGCCAGUGGUGCCAGGUGUGGAGGCGGCGUUGGAUACGCAGACUGUUGCCGGGCUUGUGUGGCCUCUCAAGUCCACAUUUUAUGACGUUGGGACAUACCUAACACAAGGAGAUCCUUUCCUUCUCGCGUUCAACGAUUUCCUCGACAUGCCUGUGGCGCAACGACCCACCGUCAUCACAGUCUCCUAUGGCGAUGACGAAGGAAAUUACUCAAAAGACCAGGCGAAUAUGAUGUGCGCUGCGGCGGAAAAGCUGAGUUGUAUGGGUAUGACGAUCGUUUUUUCUGCGGGGGACAACGGCGUGAAUGGAGGGCAGCCGAGCACGGUGCCAGGUGGUCCGCAGUGUCCGCCUUUCCGUCCUACGUAUCCGAGUGGGUGUCCGUUUAUCUUGAGCGGGUCUGGGGAGAGAGCCACUGGGACGAGUCGUGAUGGGGGCGUGGCAGGGUUUUAUGGAGGAUCUGGAUUCUCGACGUUAUUUGAUCGCCCAUUUUGGCAGAAUGUGACUGCGAAUCAGUAUAUUCGUUUCUUGGCGGGGAGGGAGGAAGGGAAUUAUAACGAGUGGGGUAGGGUUUAUCCCGAUGUUGCUGCUCAAGGUUCAAAGCAGAAGAUUGUCGUUCUCGGCCAAGAUGAAACUGUAGGGGGAACCUCAGCUUCGGCGCCUAUCGUCGCAUCGAUAAUUGCCCUCAUGAAUGCCCGCAUCCACGAAGUCUAUGGUGAAAAUGCUGGAAGUCUGGGUUGGGUUCACCCGCUGUUCUACGUCAACUCGGGGAUGGAUGCUGUUUGGAAUGACGUGGUGAGGGGAGGAUCAUAUGGAUGUGAUGGGGAUCAGCAAGGGAUCGGAGGCUCGGGGAAUGGAGGAUUCCCUGCUACUAUUGGAUGGGACGCCUCAACAGGGUGGGGAACGAUAGAUUUCAUGAGGUUCAGGAGAGUUUUUGGGAUGUAAAUAAGGCCAAACCUCAAGUAUCUAUUUAUCUGGUCUGAUUGUGAC